AUUUUUGUUUUGUCAUUAAGAUGCUAGUUUUGUGAUAGUUUAGAACGUAUAUAACAAUAGUUUGAUGUUAUUUACACUUGGUUAAAAUGUUAUAAUUAUUAAAUUCCAUUCUGUUAAUUGUAUUUGUAUAUUAUCUGUGGUUAUAAUUUCUGCAUUAUUAGAAUGCCCUGCACAAGGUGUAGAUCCGAUUUUAAUUUGCUAAAUUGGAAAAUAAAAUGCGGAGAGUGUGAUGAUAAAUAUUGCAAUAAGUGCUUAAAAAAAUGGGAUGGAAUAUUGUAUUGUGACAAAUGCAUGAUUCUCUUAAAAAGACCACCUGAUCGAGUCAAACUAAUGGAAUUAAAGCCAAAGGAUUUACAAGCAUACUUGAACAAGAACAAUAUAUCCACCUAUGGAAUAGUGGAAAAACAGGAACUAGUCGACUUGCUGUGCAACAAACAUAUUCCUCAAAAGCCUAAAAAAGGAUUUGUGGAAAAGGUGACUGCAAAUAUUGGGGGAACAGCGCAAAUCAAUCAAUUUAUAGAUUCGCUAAUUCCUCAAUCACCGGAACAACGUAACAGCCGACCGAAAGGCGCCACAUCAUCGUCCCCACCUCCACGUCCGCCCGACCUGUCGCCGACGCAUCAACAACCCAGGACGUCAUUCCCGCCCCAUCACAGCGCCCCGCCCCAACCGUCCGCGCCUCCAUCAGAAGAAGCGUCACAAUUCAACGUCAGACUCGAACACACAUCGGAGACCGUUAACGUGGAAACAGCGGUCGAUGCGGCUACUACAAUUGAACCUCAGCCUACCACAUCGACUGCGCCUGCGCAGAGCGAAGAAAUCAAAAAGGAGGAGACGCCUAGUGGAAGUCCAUUGCCGCCUAAGUAUCCGAAACUGUCUGACUUUCAAGAAGUGGAUGAACUCAGCAGUCUAUCAGCAAAGCAGCUGAAACAGCUGCUGACGCUGAAUAGAGUAGACUUCAAGGGGUGCGUAGAGAAAAACGAACUGUUGGAGAGGGCUGUGCGUCUGUGGAUAGAUAACAACGAGCUCCACAGAGAACUACCCGAAAAUAUUCAAGAUCUCUGCAAGCUUUGUAUGGACGGGCCGUUGGAUUGCGUACUGUUAGAGUGCGGACAUAUCGCCACAUGCAUAGAAUGCGGUAAAAAGUUGGCUGAGUGUCCCAUCUGUCGCCAGUAUGUGAUAAGGGUGGUACGAACAUUCAAGGCGUAGAGAUUGGUUGGGCAUAUUUUCACCCAGGGCAACAUAAUGGCCAUUAUUUAUUUAAAAUAUGAGGCUGGGAAUCAUCUUCAUCCAUAUCUAAGAGGCCGCGCAAGUCUAUCUUGUUACUCAAUUUUGUAUUAAUGUCUUCAGAAGGUAUAUAUUGGUUCUGCAAAAGCACAGAUCAACUGCAAAACAAUUGGUGUCUGUGUAUGUUAUUUUUCUGGUUAGGGAACACCAUCCGAAAUACAUGAUUUCAAUUAAUCGUUUUGUAAUUGCAUUGAUGUGGCUUUUGUCAUGGCAAGCAAGUUUUCUUACUGCAGUGACAAAAGUAUUAGUUUACUGUUAAUCACAGUUUUAAAUUGUGGUCAUUUAAAAUUUCAAAUAUUUGUAUAAUUAAAUAACGAGUGAUUAGGCCAAAAAUUGCGAAUGAUGUCUUCAUCAAUAGCAACGUCUCGGUAUACUUGACUUUAUGUAAAACUAAGACACAUUCCAAAAACUUACGUAACACAACAUUUAAUCAAAACGAAUAUUUAUUCUUGUAUAAUAUUUAUAAGAAAUCUCAUUAACUUCUCAACUGUUAAAUCAUACUUCGACAAUAUUCCUCAACAAAAUACAAAUAUUUAGCUCUGUAUAUGCUAUUUUCAAACAUAGACUGUAGCAUUCGUUAAUAGAUAGAAAAAACCUUUAUUAAAUUUUCUAAAUUAGGGAAUUUUGUACUAUCACAAGGGUUGUUUUUAUAUCAAAAAAAUAGUGUGUUCAGUGCGUCCUAAACAAGACUGUUCCGGUAAAGUCCAAUUUACGUUUUCCGUGAAUGAUUACAGUGAUAGUAUUUGAUUAAGAGAUUAUAUUCCUUGUUGAUAUAGAAAAAUGUUUAAAAUUUAAUAAUUGUUGAGAAUGAUGUAUUUCCGAUUUCCUAUUUAUUUAUUGGUAUGUUCCUUAAAUUUUACUGGUUUGGACAAAUGUACCUACUGUUUAAAUGUUACUUGUGAUUCUUAGUGUAAAUAAAAUUUUCAAAUCGUU